AUCGCCACGUCUGCUAUCUUGGCUGAUGCCAAAGCUCGUUGCGAAAAAUCUUAUAAAGAUGCCGGUUUACCUGUCGGCAAUUGUGAUGCCUAUACUAACGGUCUUGGAUAUAGUAUUGUUGGUUGGAUUAUUCCAUUCAUUAUCGGCAUUGUGUGGCAA